GUGCCUUGCCUUAAGGAGUCCCUGUGGCCUGGAGAUGCCAGACCUGAGGGUGGACAUUGGCCAGGCUGUCUGAUCCCACCCAGGGGCGGAGGAGGCCUCCUCUUGGACACUGGAGCCCAGACACCGGGGAUUAGAGGACCCCUGGGGUGGGUGCACAGCACACUCUGCAGAGCAGGGAGCCCAGGCAUGUGGUGGGGCCUUGGGGCAGGCCCAGCGUGUCCAGGUACCAUAUGUGUUCUGUGUGUUUGUAGCAACAAAGUACCACAAACUAGGCAGUUUCAAACAGCAGACAUUUAUCUCUCAUGGUUCCAGAGGCCAAAAGUCCAAAAUCAAGAUGUUGGCAGGGCCCUGCUCCCUCCCAAGGCUCUAGGAAAGGGACAUUCCAGCCUCUUCAGCUUCUGGUGCUGCCGGCAAUCCUUGGGCGCCUUGGCUGGUGGCCCUGCCAGCAGUCUCUGCCUCUGUCUUCUCAUGGGCUUCUUCCCUCCCUGUCUCUGUCCAAAUUUCCUUUUUUUUUUUUUUUUUUUUUUUUGAGACAGGGUCUUGGCCCAGGCUGGAGUGCAGUGGUGUGAUCUGCAACCUCCACCUCUCAGGCUCAGGUGUUCCUCCUGCCUCAGCCCCAAGCCCCCAGUAGCUGGGACCACAGGCAUCCGACACCACACCCAGCUAAUUUUUGUACCAUGUUCCCCAGGCUGGUCUCAAACUCUUGGGCUCAAGUGAUCCUCCCAUCUCAGCUUCCCAAAGUGCUGGGACUACAGGCGUGAGCCACUGUGCCCUUUUCUUUUUUGUUCCCCACCUCUUUUUUUAUUUUUUGAGACAAAGUCUCGCUCUGUCACCCAGGCUGGAGUGCAGUGGUGCGAUGUCGGCUCACUGCAACCUUUGCCUCCUGGGUUCAAGCGAUUCUCCUGCCUCAGCUUCCCAAGUAGCUGGGACUACAGGUGCCUGCCACCACGUCUAGCUAAUUUUUUGUAUUUUUAGUAGAGACGGGGUUUCACCGUGUUAGCCAGGAUGGUCUCGAUCUCCUGACCUCGUGAUCCGCCCGCCUCGGCCUCCCAAAGUGCUAGGAUUACAGGCGUGAGCCACCGCGCCCAACCCAUUUUUUGUAUUUUUAGUAGAGACGGGGUUUUGCCAUGUUGGCCAGGCUGGUCUCAAACUCCUGACCUCAGGUGAUCCGCCCACCUUGGCCUCCCAAAGUGCUGGGAUUACAGGCGUGAACUACUACACUCGGCCCAACUUUCUUCUUUAAAAUGGAAAGGAAGCGAGUGCUCUGCCCCCGAGCACCCUCCCAGGAGCCUAUGGGCUGGUUCCUCUUUUUGGCCUCAGCAUCCUUGGAGGGCCUAGCGCAGCCCCUGAUGCCGCAGGGCAGGGUUGGGCCUGAGGGCCCGUGUGGCCAGCUGCUGUCUCAGGAUGCGGUACCCUCGAAGGUUGGGGGCCAAGUCCCAGGGUCUCCAAGGUGGGCUGGGGAAGGGUCUCGGCCCCCCUCAGCCUGCAGAGACUGGAAAAUGUAGCAGGUGCGCAGCCACCGCCAGGAUUAGCUUCCUGUGGCUGCUGGAACAAACCUACACGUCAGAAACCACAUGCGAGUCUCAUGGGGCUAAAACGAAGGUGUCAGCAGGGCUGGCUCCAGUGGGGAACCUGCUUUCUGCCUUCUCCGGCCUCCAGAGGCCUCCACAUUCCUGGCCUUGCAGCCCUUCCUGCGUCCUCAGAGCCGGCCACAUGGCGUCCUCUCUCCCACCCCCGCUUCUGUCCUCACAUCUCCCUGACUCUGACUGUCUUAGAAGAACCCUGCAAUUGCCACCACCAAGGCCCCCACCCAGGCAUGUCUGCAAAGUCCUCGUGAACCGGGACACGUGACACCGCCACAGGCUCCAGGGUUGGGACGUGGCAUCUUUGGGGGCCAUGAUUCUGCUCACUGCAGACCCCGUGUGCAGGGUGGACGCUCUUCUCUGGCUCCUGGGAUUGGCUGUGAGGACAAAACAUAAAGGAACCCAUUUACUGUUACACCCCGCACAACUUCACGCGCGACCAGGCGCUGUACGCCCGCGGCUACUGCUGGACGGAGCUGCGGGACGCGCUGCCCGGCGUGGACGCCAGCCUGUGGCCGUCGCUGUUUGAGCACAAGUUCCUGCCCUACGCGCUGCUGGCCUUCGCCGCCAUCAUGUACGUGCCCGCGCUGGGCUGGGAGUUCCUGGCCUCCACGCGCCUCACCUCCGAGCUCAACUUCCUGCUGCAGGAGAUUGACAACUGUUACCACCGGGCGGCCGAGGGCCGCGCGCCCAAGAUCGAGAAGCAGAUCCAGUCCAAGGGCCCGGGCAUCACGGAGCGCGAGAAGCGCGAGAUCAUCGAGAACGCGGAGAAGGAGAAGAGCCCGGAGCAGAACCUGUUCGAGAAGUACCUGGAGCGCCGCGGCCGCAGCAACUUCCUGGCCAAGCUAUACCUGGCGCGGCACGUGCUGAUCCUGCUGCUGAGCGCCGUGCCCAUCUCCUACCUGUGCACCUACUACGCCACGCAGAAGCAGAACGAGUUCACCUGUGCGCUGGGCGCGUCCCCGGACGGGGCGGCAGGUGCGGGGCCCGCGGUGCGCGUGAGCUGCAAGCUCCCGUCCGUGCAGCUACAGCGCAUCAUCGCGGGCGUGGACAUCGUGCUGCUGUGCGUCAUGAACCUCAUCAUCCUCGUCAACCUCAUCCACCUCUUCAUCUUCCGCAAGAGCAACUUCAUCUUCGACAAGCUGCACAAGGUGGGCAUCAAGACGCGCCGGCAGUGGCGCCGCUCGCAGUUCUGCGACAUCAACAUCCUGGCCAUGUUCUGCAACGAGAACCGUGACCACAUCAAGUCGCUCAACCGGCUGGACUUCAUCACCAACGAGAGCGACCUCAUGUACGACAACGUGGUCCGGCAGCUGCUGGCGGCGCUGGCGCAGUCCAACCACGACGCCACCCCCACGGUGCGCGACUCGGGGGUGCAGACCGUGGACCCCAGCGCCAACCCCGCGGAGCCCGACGGCGCCGCCGAGCCGCCCGUGGUCAAGCGGCCGCGCAAGAAGAUGAAGUGGAUCCCCACCAGCAACCCGCUGCCGCAGCCCUUCAAGGAGCCGCUGGCCAUCAUGCGUGUGGAGAACAGCAAGGCGGAGAAGCCGAAGCCCGCGCGCAGGAAGACGGCCACGGACACGCUGAUCGCGCCGCUGGACCGCUCCGCCCACCACUACAAGAGCGGAGGGGGCGACCCGGGCCCGGGCCCUGCCCCCGCCCCCGCCCCGCCGCCCGCCCCCGACAAGAAGCACGCGCGCCACUUCUCCCUGGACGUCCACCCCUACAUCCUCGGCACCAAGAAGGCCAAGCCCGAGGCGGUGCCCGCCGCCCUGCCCGCCUCCCGGAGCCAGGAGGGGGGUUUCCUGUCCCAGGCGGAGGACUGUGGGCUGGGCCUGGCCCCGGCGCCCACCAAAGAUGCUCCGCUCCCCGAGAAGGAAAUCCCGUACCCCGCAGAGCCAGCCCGGGCAGGGCUUCCCUCGGGGGGCCCGUUCCACGUCCGCUCACCUCCCACCGCCCCUGCUGUGGCCCCUCUGACACCAGCCAGCCUGGGCAAGGCGGAGCCCCUCGCCAUCCUGAGCCGAAACGCCACACACCCGCUGCUGCACAUCAACACGCUGUACGAGACCCGGGAGGAGGAGGAAGGGGGCCCCCGCCUGCCGCAGGACGUGGGGGACCUCAUCGCCAUCCCUGCCCCACAGCAGAUCCUCAUCGCCACCUUCGACGAGCCGAGAACGGUCGUGAGUACUGUGGAGUUUUGAGGGAUGGCACCGCCCAGGCCGCCGAGAGCCCCUCUGCGUGAGUGUGGUGUGGCCUGGCCGGCCUCCCUGUGGACGCCAGCCCUGCGUGGACGUGGCCUCUGCUUCGCCCGUACUGCCCGCAUCCCCAACCUCUGUCCGCAUGCCUGGGGCCCUCACCCCCACGCGUUCGACAGGGGAACCCGCCCGGACGGCAUCGCCAGGCACUGGCUGGGGUGGGAAAAGGUGGCCCAUGGAGCCAGUGGCCAGGACGGCUGAAGCCCGCCUCCCAUGCUCCUGCAUCAGGUGCCCAGCCGUGGGUGGGGGCCGUGAGGUGAAGAGUUUAUUUUUUUAGUCCGUUUCGUCCUGGCCCCGGGCUGUGGCGAGACAGCCCAACUCCCCCAGCCCAGCUCCCCCAGCCCAGAGCCAGGGAAGAGGAAGGUGGGGCCAGUCCCACCAGUGGGGUGGCCACGCCCAUGGGAUCACAUGCUCAGGGGUCGCCCCGUGCAGGGACUUGAUGCCCUCGGGUGGGAGGGACCAAGGUCCACCCUCGGGUCAAAGAUCAAUGUGCACUUUCUCCUUGUCGCCUGACAUACAUUUUAUUUUACUAAGACUGCUGUACCGAACAAGCAUAUUUAUCAUCAGGAGACAGGAUGGGUUUAAAGCAGGAUGGUGUGUGUGUGAAUGGGCAUGAGCAGAGGUGGGCGUGAGUGAGCGGGUGUGUAUGUAUGAGUGUGCACAUGUGUGCGUGCGGACAGAGGGUGUGGUGCCAGCCUGGGUGGGAGUGUGUGUGAGCAGGCGGGUGAGUGCGUGAGUGCGCACCAGCGUGUGGCCCAUGUAUGAGGAGUGGAGGAGCCCAACGCAAUAAGCACGUCCCCCACCUGGGCCCCCUGCCGCGGCUGAGGCCACAUGGCUUCCUGUGGGAGCCCCGGCCGGCACCCGGCUGGUCCCACCCCGAAUACCUCGGCCAUGGAGGCCAUGUGAUGCAGAAUUAACAAGGUAGCACCGAGCAUAUCAAUAAAUAUUAUUCUGAUAAUCA